UCGUCUCCCCCAAUCUCCCCCUUCUCGCGCGUCUUUUUUAAACCCUCAACUCACCUCCACUUCAGAUAAAUGCUCCCUUCUCUCUGUCUCUCUCUAAAAUGCUUUCUUGAAGAAAAUGUAUGAACCUAUCGAGUCAUUGAGAUAUGGGUAAGGCCGGAAAAUGGUUACGUUCACUUCUGGGCUCAAAAAAGUCGCUUCCGGAAACAUCACUGCCGACAUCGUCACCGCAGCAGGUGGCGAGCAAGGAAAAGAAGAAAAACAAGUGGGGUCUUGUUAAAUUAUCUAAUACAUCUAAUCAGAGAAGCAUCCUUGGAUCGCAGUUCAAAAAUGACGAAGAUUCUUCGGCUAGCCCGUAUGGUGAGGCACUGGAUGCCAACAAGCAUGCGAUAGCGGUGGCGGCAGCAACGGCGGCUGUGGCAGAAGCUGCUCUGGCGGCUGCCCAGGCGGCUGCCGAGGUGGUCAGGCUUACGAGUGGGGAUGCAAGUAGUAGAAGUGCCGUGGCAUAUUUUAGUCACGGCGGCGACAGUGACCGGCGUCGCGUAUUGGCGGCUGUCAAGAUUCAGUCAGAGUUCCGAGCUUAUUUGGCGAGAAGGGCAUUGAGGGCACUUAAGGGACUUGUAAAGCUUCAAGCCCUUGUAAGAGGUCACAUUGUCAGAAAGCAAAGUGCACAUAUGCUUCGUCGCAUGCAAGCAAUGGCUCGAAUCCAGGCUCGAGCAUCUGCACAUCGAGCUUAUGUUUCAGAGUCCUCUAAUCCAGGCGCCAAGUUCUCUGGCACUCAUCAACCCGGCAUUACAAAUCAAAAAAAUUAUGAAUGGCAGCCGUCCAGUGCCAAACACGAUGGCCCUAUCCUCAAGAAAUCUGGUUCCAGAUCACAUAUGAACAUGGGAAACUUAAAACUAGGUUCGAACUGGUUAGAUCACUGGAUGGAAGAAUGCGCAUGGAAUAAUUAUAAAGAUAUGUCCCUUAAGACCGGGUGCUGUGAUGAUGAGAGAAGUGACAAGAUACUUGAAAUAGAUACAUGGAAGCCUCGUUUAAACUCUAGACAAAGUGACAGAAUGUUACAUACUUCACAACGUACUUCGAUUUGGAAUGAAAAUGGACAGGAAUAUGCAAAACCCGACUGCUCCUUUUCUAGGAAUGCAGGAAAAUUUCAGCAACCUAAUCCUAGCAUAUCAUCUGAGGAAGUCUCACCUUUAAAGUCGGCAAAGUUCUAUCCAGAAGGAGACCAAACUGCUGCAUGGACUGCUGAAAACAGCCCAAGAUUACAUUCUCCUUCCUCUAGGCCUAGUAGCAGUAGAAGUCGAAGAGGACCAUUUACGCCCACAAGAAGUGAGUGCUCCAAAAGCAAGUUCGGUUAUAACAUGGGUCAUCCCAAUUACAUGACAAAUACGGAAUCAUUCCGGGCUAAAGUUAGGUCACAGAGUGCCCCAAGGCAAAGGAUGCAGUUAGAGGAUCAUGGUGUGAGCAUGAAGUUUGGUCACAGUCCUUGGGAUUUCGACACUGUUUCUGAAAAGGGUUCGACCUUAUCGACUAACUACAGGAGGAGAACUUAUCUCCAUUCUGGUCAAGUAAACAGACAACGGACUCCUAUUCGUGGCACUGCUGUCGGGUUUAAUUCUUCUUACGGCUAUGGUCUCUAGUCGAGGUUUUCUUUCGAUGGAAAUAAUUCGACUUGAGCAUGAUUUCAGAAAGCCAUCGGACGUGUCGAUGAAACAUAGAUUUAGGAUUCUGAUCCCAGAAGUGUGAAGAUGAGUGUGCUAUUUUACCUUUUUAUUUUUUUCAUGGUUUGACUUGUAAUGGAUUAUAUGUUUGUUGUUAUAAAACAAUGUUGUAAUUAUGUUUGAUGAGAUGAAUAAACAAAAUGGAGAUCAUAUUGCUACA